GGAACGCGGCGUGUCGUGAAAAGGGGAGGGGCCUUCCCUGCACUGUUAUUAUUUAUUUCUUUGUUUCAUGUGUAUUUAACAAUAACAACGGCGGCUAAUUCAAGACCUGUGAAUAUUAGCGUGAGCGAAUGACAGUCCCGUGCUCCUGUUACCACACCGACAUAUCGGGAAAAUCAUCUGGGGGAGGAUGAAGCGGCGCAAUGCGGACUGCAGCAAACUCAGACGGCCGUUAAAACGGAACCGAAUCACCGAGGGUAUAUAUAGCAGUACAUUCCUGUAUCUGAAGUUCCUGGUUGUGUGGGUUUUGGUUCUUCUGGCUGACUUUGUGCUUGAGUUCAGGUUUGAGUAUCUGUGGCCCUUCUGGCUUUUCCUUCGCAGUGUUUACGAUUCCUACAGAUAUCAGGGACUGGCGUUCUCAUUGUUCUUCGUUUUUGUGGCCCUCACAUCAGACAUUAUCUGCCUCCUCUUCAUCCCUGUCCAGUGGCUGUUCUUUGCUGCCAGCACCUAUGUAUGGGUCCAAUAUGUGUGGCACACAGAAAGAGGAGUGUGUCUACCCACCGUGUCGUUGUGGAUCCUGUUUGUGUAUAUCGAAGCUGCCAUCCGCUUCAAAGACCUGAAAAACUUUCAUGUAGACCUGUGUCGACCUUUUGCAGCUCACUGUAUUGGCUAUCCAGUGGUGACUCUGGGUUUUGGCUUCAAGAGCUAUGUGAGCUACAAGAUGCGGCUAAGGAAACAGAAAGAGGUGCAAAAGGAGAAUGAGUUCUACAUGGAACUGCUACAACAGGCUCUACCUCCAGAGCAACAGAUGCUGCAGAGACAGGAGAGGGAGACAGAGGAGGCAAAAGGGACUUCAGAAACAGAACCGUCAAAUGGGUCUCAAAAUGGGGUACCACCCAGCAAGAAGAGCACCUCAGUCCCAUUACCAGAAUUGGAGUACCGGGAAAAAGGGAAAGACACUUCUACAAAAGAGCGUGAAGGCAAAAAACAAAACACAGUUGGAAUCAAUAACAACAUUAUACACUCACUGGACUCCAAGCUACAGGAGACUGAAUAUAUUGAGAACUACGUUAGGGCAAAGAAGAUGAGCAAUGACGUGGCGGGAGAGAAUAUGCAUGGAGAUACGAAUGCCCUCACUUCCAAAGAAGAAGUGGCGGGAAGUGGGAAGAACUACAAAAAUGCCUCUGGAGGAGGCGUCUGCAACUCGUCGCCACGGAAUCACAGUUUCAGUAACGGCAGCAUUCCGACGGGUUCAUCGACCAAUAAGAAUGAUAAAAAACAGAAAGGGGCAGGGAAAAGUCCAAAAGAUCCACUCGAGAACUGCAUUCCUAACAACCAAUUGGGAAAAACGGAUGCUUUAGUACGGAUGGAGCAGGAUGUAAAGCGCCUCAAGGCAGACCUGCAGGCCAACAGACAGGUAGAGUCAGAUUUGCGAAGUCAGCUGUCUUCUUUGAGCAGCCAAGACCGCAGCCUUCGCUCUGAACUGGGCCAGCUUCAGCAGGACAAUGAACUGCUCCAAAACAAGCUCCACAGUUCCGUUCAGGCAAAGCAGAAAGAUAAGCAAACCAUCUCCCAGCUGGAGAAGAGGCUAAAAGCUGAGCAGGAUGCUCGUCUCCUAGCUGAAAAACAGCUGGCAGAAGAGAGGAAGAGGAAGAAGAUGGAGGAAGCCACAGCUGCUAGAGCGGUGGCUUUAGCUGCGGCCACCAGAGUGGAGUCGACUGAUUCCCUGCGUAGUCGUAUCAGAGAGCUGGAGACAGAGUGCAAAAAGCUCAGCAUGGACACAAAAGUCAAAGAGGAACAGAUUAGAGACCUGGAGGGCAAGUGCCAGGAGUUAAGAAAGUACAAAGAAAACGAGAAGGACACAGAGGUGUUAAUGUCUGCGUUGACAGCCAUGCAGGAGAAGACCCAGCACCUGGAGAACAGCCUCAGUGCUGAGACCAGGAUCAAGCUGGACCUCUUCUCUGCACUGGGCGAUGCCAAGAGGCAGCUGGAGAUAGCGCAAGGUCAGAUCCACCAGAGAGAGCAAGAGAUAGCAGAGCUAAAGCAGAAGAUUGCGGAAGUGAUGGCAGUGAUGCCCAGCCUUUCGUACUCGUCAGACAACAGUAACCUGAGCCCGGUGACCCCGCACUACUCCUCCAAGUUCAUGGACAAUAGUCCCUCCUCUCUGGACCCCAACGCCUCAGUCUAUCAGCCUCUAAAAAAAUAACUGGACUGAACUGUCUUUUCUUUGUCUUUUUAAACUGUUUCAGUUCGGGUCAUACUGAGUUUACAAGCCUCUGACAGAAUUUGCACUGAAGGACAACUCCUUACAUAUCUGCAUUUGAAGGGAUUUUGUUUUGUAGAGGGGCUGUGCAAUUUAACCAUUUAAGCAGUUCCACUAAAAUAUAUCAGGGGGAUUGAGGAAUAAAUUAUGGUUGGCUAAAGGAAGAGCCGUUGUGUUUUGCUUUGCAAAAGUUUUCCUGAACAUACUUUUGAGUCAACAUGCGAUGUGAACCUAUAAUGUUUUUUUAAAUACAUCAAAUUGAGGGAUGCAUGAAUGUAAAACUAUUCAAAUUGACCCACUAAUUGAUCGUUUAAAUGCUGUAGUUGUGAGCUUCAAGAUUAAUGGCUGUGCCAAACAAUCACCUGGUUGGCCACAAAUACCUUUCCUUUCUAUGUGGACUAAAUUAGGUCAACCUACAAUGAAUUCAAUGAUGUCUUUGUAACUAGUUGUUACUGAUUUUUGUUCUUGUUGUUUUUUAAUUUGCAAAUUUGACAGUGCCUUUCAAUUCUGCAAUUUCUCGAAAAGCUCCAGCCAUAUGUAUUUGGCUCUUUUUCAUAUAUAAAGGCAUAUACAAUUAAGUGUCACCAGCUCAACCAAGACCCUUUUUUUUGUUUUUGCAAGUUGCAAACUCCAAUAUGAGAGCCUGAAAUUGUCUUAAAGGGAAAGUACAUUUUCAUAUGGACAGUCUCGUUGGGCCAAACACCAACCAAACUGAUUGUCUCCUCAUGCCAAUAAAACUGGGAUCUUUGUUUACAACAAUGUACAAUAACUUAAGGAAUGUUGUUUUGUUUAUUUAAGUGCCAAGUGUUGCUGCGUGUUAUCCAUUUUUACUUCAAUUGAUGUAACUAGCAUAACAUUUUUAAACGGUGCUGUUCUAUUGUUUUUGUGUCAUUAAAACGUAUCUAGAUGGUGUAGAGUUUACAAGGCCGAUUGUGAUGAAGCAGCAGGUUGUCACUUGUGUUAUUCUUUAUUCUAUUUAUUUGUAGACUUAAUUAUGAGGCAGUAUUUUUUGUAUUCCUCACUUCGCUCUACUUUCCAAUCAGGCAGGAUUUUGUGAAUGUGAACCAUUUUGACUAUAUCAAAUGACCUUCCUGGAACAAUUGUUGUGGAUAGCUCCAAUUUAGUAAUUUCAGUUAAGAUUGUAGGGCCUGGGGGACAAAGAAAAGUCAAAGUGAUGUAUUUUUUUCUUUUUUCCUCUCCCCCAUAUCUCAAAGGGACAGCCACACGCAUUACUUUUUCCAUCACCAUUAAAGAAAGUCUUGUUGGAGGCAGUA